CACACACGAACACAUACAAACGACAACAACACAUCAAUGCAGUGUCGGGCCUUUGAAUUAGAUUUCGAAAGAAACAAGAAACCGAAACACGCAGAAGACAGCAGCGGGCAAUAGAAUAGAAAAUAUACAGAAUUCAUAUAUACAUAUCGUGUGUGUAAAAUCGAGAAAAAGAAGAAACAAAAAACAUUAAAAUAUGGCAACUCGCUCCAUCUCUUUCUCUCUUUUGUUCAGUGGCUAAGGUCGUCAUCAAUGGUUGAUCGUAUAAGCUUACGUCUGUCAUUAAAGCAGUCGUAAAACGCAUAACAUCUCAAACACACGCGAAUCGAUGUUUUAUUUGGUGUCUGUCGAACUAUACACACAAAAGCGAGCACAGUGCUUCUCGCACCGCGAGAUUAGAUGAGUGAGCAAGAGGUGAAACGAGAAUUAGAUAUUUUUUUACAGUGAUAUUAUAAUUCGAUACGAUUUUGUUGUGUGUUCCAUUUUUCGUGUGUAUAUCUUCCAUUCAAUAAAGAACAAAAUGCUGCUGCCAUUCAAUGUUUUACUCUAGCCUCCGUUAAUAUUUGCCAUUUUUCUUUAAUUCGAUUUUUUUCUUGUUAUCAAUGCACCAAACUCCGAUUCUCUUGGAACAGAGUGUAUUGUGUGACCAGAACAGAUGAAUAUUUGCUUCACAAAGCCACGAAAUAAUCAAUUAAAUGUUAAAAUAUGCAAUGUGUUUUUGGUGAUUGAGUUCGUGGAAUUGAGUUUAAAAUCAAUGUAUAUUCGAUUUUGUCAAGUGUUUGAGAGUGUCGUGUUUUAUUUUUCGUUUACUCUCUCUUGCUUCCUGUAAGAAUUUUAGUGAAAACUUUUCGCUUCGGCGUCCAUCGUGUCGCUUACGUUCACCAUACACAGCCCGAUAACAGUGUUGUGCGUUUCCAUAGAUGCAUUUUGCGUUGUUGUUUGGGUGUACCAAAGAGCCAAAAGAAAGGAAAAAUUAAAUCUCAGAACAUGGUUCACAAGUGAGCAAAAAAGAAGCAAAAACAAAAAUUCGAGUCUAAAAUUGUGCAGUACAGUGCCGACGGGCCACAUAGAGUAAUGCAAAACAAAAACGGCUGCGGGGAAAAAAAUGAAUGAAAUCUGUUUUUGGUAUGUAGCGUUUGCUGGGAGUUGAAUAAACGUGAAUGCCAUAAAAGGAAAUAUCGAAAACAUUCAACACAGCGGACACUGAUCGGAUAUAUUGGCCAGCGAUUUGAAUAGUUGAAUGCGAUAAUAACGCAGCACCAAAUUCCAAGCCACAAAGAAAAUUCCAAGAAAUCACAACACUAUUCGACGUUCGAAGAAAAACAAUUCUUGUUGAAAACAUACAUCGAAUCAAAUCAGAAGGAAAUAAAAACACAAAAUUAAAGUGAAGACGAGUGCUAGAGAGACAUUAGAAUUUACAUUGUUGUUUGUUGGUUACUGCUGCUAUUGCCACAGAUAGUGGUGUGUGCGUUUUGUCGAGUGUUGAGUGAGUACCGAAGAGGGCGGAGACGCCAUCAAUGCAAACAAAUAAAGAGGAAAAGAAACGAAUAAAAAAACACACAACAGUAUCGAAACGGAGAGAGAGAGAGAAACACGCACACAAUAAAUAAAUAUGGAGCCGAAGCCUGUGAUUGAAUUAUACGAUUUUCUGGUCGAGUCUGAACUACAGCACUAUUACAAUGCCAUUAAGAAUGAAUUGAAAAUAACAUUGGUACCGCAUUUGAAGUAUGCCAGCGAUGAGGACUUGAAGCAAGUCGGUCUAUCGAAACCGGAAAUACGACGAUUACGAAAAUUCUAUGAAAAGUAUUAUCCACAUGGUUAUCUCAGUAAAAUCAAACGACUUUUGCAAAAUCCAGCCGGAAAACGGGAGGAAGUUGGAACUUUAAACAAUGCAUCGUCAACGGAAACGCUCAAGACAAUCAGUUCACCGAGUAAAUUGCCUAGCAAUAAACACAUUAUACCAGCCGAUUCGAUAUGCGUCAACAAGCAAUUAGGUGUCGGUGAGUUUGGCAUCGUACAACAAGGAGUUUGGACGAAUGGAAAUGAACGAAUUCAAGUUGCUAUAAAAUGUUUGUGCCGCGAGCGCAUGCUCUCCAAUCCGAUGGAAUUUUUGAAGGAAGCAGCAAUCAUGCAUUCCAUCGAACACGAGAAUAUUGUACGACUGUAUGGCGUUGUGCUCGACACCGAUUCACUGAUGCUUGUUACCGAACUGGCACAUCUUCGUUCAUUGCUGGAAUGUCUCAAAGACUCUGGGCUUCGUGUCAGUUUUUUAACCGUGCCAACGCUAUGUGAAUUUGCUCAACAAAUUUGCAGCGGUAUGAUGUAUUUGGAGAACAAGCGACUCAUUCAUCGAGAUCUGGCGGCCAGGAAUAUUCUGGUGUUCAGCAAAAGCAAAGUAAAAAUCUCCGAUUUCGGUUUGUCACGGGCACUGGGCGUCGGCAAAGACUAUUACCAAACUAAUUUUAACGUCAACUUAAAACUUCCGAUUGCCUGGUGCGCUCCGGAGUGUAUAAACUUUUUGCGUUUUACAAAUGCAUCAGACGUAUGGGCUUUCGGCGUGUGCUUGUGGGAGAUGUUUUCAUAUGGUUUUCAACCAUGGGCCGCAUUGACCGGCCAUCAAAUUCUUGAAGCAAUAGACGAACCACACUAUCAACGUCUUGAACAACCGGAAUGUUGUCCCAAAGAGUAUUACACAUUGAUGUUAAAAUGUUGGCAACACGAUCCGUCCAAGCGGCCGAAAUUCUGUGAAAUUCAUUCGUUGCUACCCGAUAUGAAACCCGAGCAAUUGAAAACAAUUAGCGCGUACAGCGAAGCCAAAAAGGAUCGAUUGAUGUAUCGGCAAAAUGAUAUAAUCACUGUGCUAGACAAACCAAACAGUUCGGCGUAUUGGAAAGGUGUUUUAAAUUCGGGCAAAACGGGAAUGUUCAAUCCAAGCAAUACGGUCGCAUAUUUGGGUAAUAGUCUGCCAUCAUCGGUGAACCGAGAUUCAUUUGUUCGGGGAAGUGAGCGUACGAGUAGUCGACGCAAACUUUGCCCCGAAAUGAUAUCUGGUCCUCAGAACGAUCUAAAACACACCGGUCACGUUGGAUUAGAUGGAGCCUACUUCGGUGACGUUGCAUUUUUGUCAUCAUCAUCCAAUUCGCAAUCGUACAAUCAUGUGCCAAGGCAAAUCGUCACUCCAUACAAGCCAUCGGAAGAUAUUGAGCAAACGCCAUUGUUACCAUCAACGCCAACCAGUCCCGAUUCACUUCAAACGGCUAGCGGUUACUUUGCUGAAAAUAAUCACACAUUUUUGAAUGCACACUCCGCACAAACCAACGAUGGUUUCAAUUCAUCAUUCGAUUUUCCAAAUCAAAACUCAUCGACACCCGUCACCUCUGCCGCCGCUUCAAAUGCUGGCUUCACCUCAUCAAAUCCGUUUGUCAAUUUAGAUAAUUCAACGCACAAUAAAAUUCUCAGUGAAGGUGGUGGUUUCACAAACAUUUUGGAAGAGGAAAACUUUUCAAAGGAACACAAUCGGAAGAACAGCAUGAAAUGGGUGGGCGACACAGCAACAGCGGCUGCUGCUGAUUCAACACAUGAAUAUCAUGAAAUAUCCGACGAUGAAAUGCCUGGCGAAAAGUUCGAUUUGGGACCAUCGCUACUCGACGAAAUGGAUUUUAUGUUCCGGUCAAUGAGCGCCAAUAGUGAACAUGGUGAAUUGAAAUCGCCCGAUUUUGAGAAUAAUAACAAGAAAAACGAAAUCGCUGAACUUGCAGCAAAAUUUCAGCGAAAGAAUAGUGGUGGCCUAUUGCCUGGUUCGAUCGCGUCGCUAAAAUCGAAAAAGAAAUUGGGAAAUUCGGCCAGCGGAGCUGGUAAUGUGAAACCAAUCUCAACAAAAGACGAAAAAAUUCUCAACCAAGCUAUUGAUUUUGCCAACGAAAUCAGUGCAAGAUCGAUGACUGACUUAGUGAACGACUCAGCAAAUACUCAAAGCCCAAAGCGAAAGUUCAGCUUUCGUUUCCCUCAUUUGGCUCAUCAUUCAAAUAGCGGCGAUAAAGACUCAUCGAUGGCAUCUCCAAAUAGUCAACAUCACAAAGGCUCACACGGAUUCAAAACGCGCAAUUUUUCCGAAGAAGCGAAAAAUGUACCCGAUCUUCAGCGCUUUCGUUCAUUAUCCGAAAUUGAAAAGUUUCAUUCGAUCGACAUGCGAUAUCCGCAUUGUGAACGGGAUCCGUCGUUUGAAUAUCGUUAUCGAAAAAUGCGCGAAUUUUCAUCGCGCCCCUUCAAGUUUGACAUAUCAGCACCGGGCAUGGAACGAGAAAGUGGCAUCAAUGGUGUCAAUUAUGAUGCAUUGAAUGAUGGCUUCGAAAGUUCAUCGUCCAAAGUAUGCACGUUGAGUCAAAAGACCAAAGAUUUUAUUGGCGAAAAUUUGAUUGACAUCGAAAAUACGCUGAAAGCAUUAAAUUUGGACUUUUUACAAACAUUCAACGAUUUAGAAAAGAAUGAUUCGGCGGAAACGUUGUUUGGCGAAAAUUAUACGUACGAUGCGAACAACAUCAAUCCGAAAAUUUUGAAUACGGCAUUGAAAUUGAGUAAAAUCCCAACAAACUAUAGCAGCAUUGAGGUGAGCCCAAAAUCAACAAAGAGCUCACAAUACAGCCCGUUGGACAAACAAGUAUCGCAACAGCAAUUUAAUGGCAGUGUUCACUAUUUGAAUGAAAGUGGCUCAACCGAUAAGCUAUUGGAUGGGAAACGAUCUAGUACGCCAGACACUGGAUUUGCAUCCCGUGAAACCAACACAUCAUCGCGUCGCGGUAGUCAAAAGAGCAGCUAUAGUCCACAGGAUACCCAUUUUAGCCCAAGUUAUACAACCCAAAUCGAAGAGGCACGCGCUGCUUAUGCCCAUCUUAAGGCGAAUGGUUCGUUUCCGACUAGACAACGAUCGAUGUCGUUUACGGAGAAUUAUGAUUUGAAAUCGCCGGUGUUGUCAGAGCCACCGUUUGAAAAGUUGCACAACUCCACGAUUGUCGGUAGAAAAAACAGCAGCGAUGGACAGGCUGUACGACGACGCCAAAGAAAUACCAUCUCGCACAAGCCAAAAAGCAUUCGUGCUCGAAAUUUGCGUCGUCUUAGCUACAAUCCAAUCAUUUUAGAUUCGAGUUCAUCGUCCGACAGUGAGAAUGAGUUCAACCACCGAAGCGUUGAGAAUUUCCGAACCAUCGAUAGUCGUCGUCAUAACAACUAUCGAUCGCACCGCAAUUCCGCUGCGUCGCCAAUUAAAUCAAAUGAUGACACGUUCGAUUUUAAGAAUUGGCAUACAAAUUCUGAGUCGGAUAUUCGAUUGAAAAAUCGCAAGACUCAGGCGCAUUUUCAAAGCAAUAUUUCAUUUACACCGAGCCAGGACAAGCUGUACGGUUCGAAUGCUAGUAUCAAGAGUGCACCACAGUACAAUAACUAUGCUAGUGAUCGUCAAAUGCAAAAUUAUUUAGGAAGAAAAAUGAACUAUCCUCAUGCUCAAUACGCCGACUACGAGGAGCAACAGAGGGUCGCAUCGCCACACACACCCAAUCAAACGCCAAUCAACUUUGAGAGAAACGCACAACGUAGCAGUAGCUCACGUAGACGCCAACAGCAGCAGCAAACUAUUCGGAACAGCUAUGUAUUGCCGCCACCACCACCUCCACCCGCAGCCACCAAUCGCACAUAUGAUUUGAACGCCUACAGCCUAUAUUCACAGUUUGAUGUGAGCAAAUUAACGGGUAAAAGUCCCACCACACAAAGCUUUUUACAAGAUGUACAAAGUCCCAGUAAAUUUGAACCGAAACCAUCCAACAAUGAUCCAAUGCAAAGCAAACAAGUCACGGCUGCCAGCAGCAAUGCAUCGUCGUCGUCAUCGGCGGCGGCGGCAGCGACACCAGCGGCAAACACAUUUCAAUGGCCCGAGAAAAUUCAUGUAUCGGCACAGAACAGCAAUUUAUUGUGGCCAGAAAAGCAAUCCGUACAAUCGUUGCACACGGUUCGAUGUGACUUUUCAAGUGAUAGUUCUUCCAGCACUGAAACUGAGUUUCCAACUGCCGAUUUCAAUCCUCGAUUACCCCCAAGUCCAGCACCAUAAAUUGUUUUUAAUCCAUUUUGACUGUUGUUCUCUCUUUCUUACUAUUUCUUUUUUGUUUGUUGGCUGCGCGCGCGAAUUUAGAUAGUAAUUCUAUGACGUUACAAUCUAUUUUGUGACUAAACUAUGAAAACAAAAACAAAUUAAACAAUUACAUAAUCAAUGGGAGACGAUGAUAGCAGAGUAUUAUCGAAUAUAUAUAUAUUUAACAAAUCUAAUCAUUGCUAAAUGCUAAAAAAAUUGCUAUCAAUAUGAAAACAUUCUAAACGUUCACUCUCUUUAACAUGAAAAAAUGAGAAGAAAAUAAAUGUUAGUCAUUUUGGGGCGGCUGCUUUUGCUCGCCGGCUCCUACUAUAACAAUCAUCUCAAUACCAUUUAUACUACUAUUUGCUGCACCAUUUUUUUUCACCCUAUUCAUAUACAAGUUUAUAAACACAAUUAUAUUGUAGCGUAACUGCAUCACACAUUGUUAAAUGAAAAACAAAGAAAUAACACAGAAGUAAAAACAGACAAAAAUUACUUAACUUCUCUGCUAAGUCAGAAGAUAAACAAAAACAGAACAAUCGUUAAAUUUACUGAAGAAAGCCGAUUCAACAAACCAAAAAUACUUGUAUUUGUACCCUUUUCUGCUCGAUAGCACGAAUUGUUUUCAUUAUUUGACAUACAAAUUUGAGUGACAUUUUGAAGGGAAAAUUGCACACGGUUGUGGGCCUUACGAUUAUCAAUUCUUCAUACGAACAAACGAAUGAACAAAAUCUGGUCGCAAUGUAAAUAAGACACAGCCUCUAAUCCACAAAGCAAUGAAUAUGUAUUUUCAACUCGUUGUAUUGAUCAUAUUUUUUCUCUCUUUUUGAAGAGCAAUCACACAAAACCAGAUAAUCAAUGUGAGGAAAAAAUCAACUAAUUUUUUUUAAAAUUAAAAAUGUGUUUUUUUUGGCGUGGUCAAUUUUGUCCACAUUAAACUAAAUGGGCUUAUAUCGAUUAUAAUGUAUGAAUAGCGACGAAUUUUAUCUGCAUCCAAAUGGAAAAAUAAAAAUUAAUCAAAAUAUUUUAAAAGGCUCAGCAUUUUUAGCCGAAAAUUAAAAAUAAGUCUGCUAUUCGAUUAAAAGAAAACUGAAAUAAUAAUUAAAUUGAAAAUAAACAAUUGAUUUUGACUGCAAUUGAGAUUAUUCGGAAUAUAUUAACUUUUCGUUAUGAUAAGAAUAAUGUAGAAAGCGAAAGCAUUUUCUGGUUGAACAAAAAACCAAACCAAAUUUACAAUGAACAAAGAAACAAGCAAAUAUAAAAAAUCGUUAACACCACUUAAA